GCAGUCCAGCUGAUCGUCGCCAUCUUGAUUCAGACAUAAACAACACCCAAGAGUUGCGAUCUUUAUAGCUCAGUCACAGAUAGACCAAUGCAAGGUUUAGUUAUAAAAAUCAUUGACUCAGUGGUUGCGAUGGCAAUUUAAUGGUGUUGGUAUCUUCAGGACAAAAAUCAGCAAUUUUCCUUGUUAUUGGGAAAACGUCAACAAACUCGUGGGCGAUUGAGGCAUUUUAAAGGCUAUGGGUGGUCUGUCCAGAAAUAAACAUGGCGAUACGUCUGCUUUUUACUUGCGCUAACCAGUAGUAAGAAAGACCUUUCUUUUAUUGUGUCGUCAGCUGAUUAUUGCUGCUAGCAGCCAGAGUUUGUUUGUAGGGGGGUGAUACCAUGACAACGGUGUGAUUGACAUCAGCACACAUUUUUUGCAGAGUUCUUGGACAGCGACGAUAUUUAUUUUACCCUGAAACGUCACCAUAGUUAUUCUCUAAUUUACCAGUCGAAAUGUGGCUAGUAAUCUGGCUUUCUUGCAGGAGCUAACUAGUCAAUCAGUGCAGCUUCCUGGUGUGCAGUCAGGGCAGCUUUCCUUGCUACUUUUAAUUUGUGUCAGUAGUGUGGUUGACCACUAACCAGGAUAACUGUCUUACACCUCUACAACCAGGAUAACUGUCUUACACCUCUACUCUGACAUUUUAUUUCCUCCAGGGAUGGGAGGCCAGUGACGUGUAGGGGGGAGGGGGGAGGGGGGGGGGGACUGGACAGAGUUGCUGGUAGUGGUGGUGCUCUUGUAAAAUGGACCAGGAAUAUGAGAGAAGGCUGCUGAAGCAAAUCAACCAUCAGAACCUACCAGAGGGCCAGCUGGCUAAGUCUGGAGGUGCGACCUGCAGUCCUCUCAGUGUCAAAUCUGGGGACCGAUUCAUUCCUACCCGUGUUGGAAGCAACUGGUGUAUCAACUUCCACUAUGCCAACGAGAACUGUCAAUCUCCCAACCAGAACCACAGGUCGAAGGAUGCUGGGUCAGACACGGGGAAAGACACUGUGGCAUAUGCUGCCCUGCUGAGGAACGAGUUGCUGGGGGCGGGGAUAGAGAGCGUUCCUGACCUCCACACUGACGACCGCCGCCACACCGUCUUCUCCCAGGACACACACAGCCUCUUCAGGGUGAGAGACGGAGAGAGAGAGAAACCCCUGAGCCCCAGCACAAAACCACCGAUAAACAGCGAGGCAAACUAUCCUCACAAUUAACAUUCUGAUUUGAAUUAUUCCUCCAUAGUACACAGUCCACACUAAGAGAGUGCCUUUUGACAGUGGCAAUGAAGUCUCGCCAUACUCGCUCUCCCCACUCAGCAACAAGAGGUACUGAUGAGUCCACUCUAUGGACUAGUGACAACCACUGGCCUUAAAGGGACAUUUCACAAUUUUUCAACUUCAUAUUCAUUAUCUCCAGCAUUUUCACAUAUGGCGGUGCUGAAGAUGAUGAAUAUGAAGCAGAUUUUUUUUUAAAUGUCCCUUUAAAGCAAGAAUCUGCAUUUGGUGAAACAGCACAACUGUUGGCCCCAGACCCUUUGUUAUUGUUUUGUUGAUGAAACCGAGGAGAGGUGUGUCCGGCAGCGUGGACGUUGUAAAAAAUAACUGUAUAUAUUUUCUGCUGUUCUAUCCCACGUGCAACAAUCUACGAGUUGGGGGGGGGGGUGUUUGAAGUAACUUCUUUGUUGUUGCAAUAUCCCAAACGGACAUGGAAGUUUCACCAAAUACGGAUUCUAGCCUUCACUGGCUUUAAGUGUGAUGUUGGGUUUUCUAUCCAUUCACUAUACAGGCACAGUUACUGUAUGUUACAUCCAUCCACUAUACAGUUACUGUAUGUUACAUCCAUCCACUAUACAGUUACUGUAUGUUACAUCCAUCCACUAUACAGUUACUGUAUGUUACAUCCAUCCACUAUACAGUUACUGUAUGUUACAUCCAUCCACUAUACAGUUACUGUAUGUUACAUCCAUCCACUAUACAGUUACUGUAUGUUACAUCCAUCCACUAUACAGUUACUGUAUGUUACAUCCAUCCACUAUACAGUUACUGUAUGUUACAUCCAUCCACUAUACAGUUACUGUAUGUUACAUCCCAUCCACUACACAGUUACUGUAUGUUACAUCCAUCCACUAUACAGUUACUGUAUGUUACAUCCAUCCACUAUACAUGUCUGCUAAAGCAAAAAUACAAUACACACCAAUAUUUUUAGAGGUCCAUAUGCUAUGGAAGUUUAUAUCGCUGGAACUUACCCCUCCCUCACUCCCAUGUUUGUGUAGUCACAAGCUCCUUCGUUCUCCUCGGAAGCCAGCCCGUAAGAUCUCCAAGAUCCCCUUCAAAGUGCUCGAUGCCCCUGAGCUGCAGGAUGACUUCUACCUCAACCUGGUAGACUGGUCCGCUGGCAACCUGCUGUCUGUGGGCCUGGGGGCCUGUGUGUACCUGUGGAGCGCCUGCACCAGCCAGGUGACAAGACUGUGUGACCUGUCAGUGGAUGGGGACUCUGUGACAUCAGUGUGUUGGAAUGAAAGGGGGAGCCUCGUUGCUGUGGGAACCCAUAAGGGCUAUGUUCAGAUCUGGGACGCAGCUGGAGGGAGAAAGCUGACCAGUCUGGAAGGCCACUCGGCUCGUGUCGGAGCACUGGCGUGGAAUGGAGAACAGCUGUCUUCAGGCAGCAGGGACCGUGUGAUCCUCCAGAGGGACGUUCGCACCCCUCCGUCCGCUGAGAGGAGGCUCCAGGGCCACAGGCAGGAGGUGUGUGGCCUCAAGUGGUCCCCCGACCACCAGCACCUGGCCUCUGGGGGCAACGACAACAAGCUGCUGGUGUGGAACAGCUCCAGCCUGCUCCCGAUGCAGCAGUACAGUGACCACCUGGCUGCAGUGAAGGCCAUCGCCUGGUCACCCCACCAGCAUGGGCUGCUGGUGUCUGGAGGAGGAACGGCCGACCGCUGUCUACGCUUCUGGAACACCUUGACAGGCCAGCCCCUGCAGAGCACUGACACAGGCUCCCAGGUCUGCAACCUGGCCUGGUCCAAGCACGCCAAUGAGCUGGUGAGCACCCAUGGCUACUCUCAGAACCAAAUCCUGGUGUGGAAGUACCCGUCUCUGAACCAGGUGGCCAAGCUGACGGGACACUCCUACAGAGUUCUCUACUUGGCUGUGUCACCAGACGGAGAGGCCAUUGUGACGGGGGCGGGAGACGAGACUCUGCGUUUCUGGAAUGUUUUCAGUAAGACACGCUGCACCAAGGAGUCCAAGUCAGUGUUGAAUCUCUUUACCAGGAUACGGUAGUGAAAUGGGAGGAGGACUAAAGUAGAGGGGAUCGGGGAGACAUCACCUUGAACCCCUCAUAAACCCCCCUUUACCACUCCACUGUAACUCAGUGCACCACAGCACCAACCAUCACUACGAACAAACUCCUCACUUAUCAAUUCCACCUUUUUUACAGAGGACAGCUCCAACCACCACCAGCCUGCGAGCAGCUGUCCCACUAAAGUGAUGUCAUUGAUUAAAAACGAACACAGCCUUCGAGUGAGGGCCUGGUUGUCUCUGUACAAUGUCUGUCUUAUAUUUCUGUCGUGGAUGUCCUGAGAUGUUUUAGAAUUAUCAUUAGGGCCAGCAUUUUUUUUAUCUGACCAUGUGACCUGACCAGGGCCUGGAGUUUCUACUGGUCAGGUCACAUGUUCAGGAAAAAAGUCCUGUCUUUAGACAUAUACCUCCACUAAUAUAAUAUCUAAAAUAGUUGAAUAUAUCAAGUCCUCUCAUCACGGUGUAUCGUUUCCUACAUAACAGAGAGAGAGGCCUGGUGGACUUUCUAUAUUUUGAUAAUAUGUAUCUGAACUACCAUAGAAUCCAACAGAAUGUCAUGAUAAUAAACGAGUACACCAAUAGAGUCAGCCUGCCCGAGCAGCUGCAGAGACUCA